AUGACCCAAAACAAGACUCUCAUCUUCAAGAAGAUCCCCACCGGUCUCCCGGACCGCCCCAUCGACCUCAACGAUGCCCCCGAGGGCGGCCUGAUCAUCGAGGUCCUCUACGCUUCCUUCGACCCCUACCAACGCGGCCGCAUGCGCGAGGCCGGCACGAAGUCCUACUCCCCCGCCUUCGAGCUCGACGGGCCCGUCACCAACAGCACUGUCGGCAAGGUCCUCAAGAGCAACAGCUCCGAUUUUGCCGAGGGCGACCUCGUCUACUCCCACACACCUAUCGCCCAGUACGCUCGCGUCACGCCUCAGAUCCUGUCGCAAGCGCGCAAGGUGCAAAACCCUCACAACCUGGACCUCGGCCUCUUCCUUGGACCUCUCGGUAUGCCGGGUUUGACCGCCUGGUCCGGCCUGCACAAGAUUGGACAGCCGAAGAAGGGCGAGACAAUCUUUGUCAGCUCGGCCGCGGGUGCUGUUGGCCAACUUGUUGGUCAAAUUGCCAAGCGUGAGGGCCUUACUGUGAUCGGUUCCGUCGGUUCAGAUGAGAAGCUUGACUUCAUCACCAAGGAGCUUGGUUUUGAUGCCGGUUUCAACUACAAGAAGGAGAAGCCCGCCGAGGCUCUUCCUAAGCUAGCCCCUAACGGAAUUGACAUCUACUUUGAGAACGUCGGCGGAGACCACCUCGAGGCUGCUCUCAACAGCAUGAACAGUGAGGGUCGCAUUGCUGUCUGCGGCAUGAUCUCAAACUACAACACCCCCGCUAGUGAGCAAAAGGGCAUCAACGGCCUGAUGCAGGUAGUCACCAAGCAGAUCACCUUCCAGGGUUUCCUCGUUGGCAACCCCAAGUUCGGCCCCGCCUACUUCAAGGAUCACCAAGAGAACUUGCAGAAGUGGCUGUCCGAGGGCAGCGUCAAGUCCAAGUUGGCGGUCACUGAGGGUAUUGACAACGCUGCUGAUGGUUUGAUCGGCAUGCUCACCGGAAAGAACUUCGGCAAGGCCAUUCUCAAGCUUUGA